AAGUGACAGCCAGUUAACUGUAACUUGACGUUUCAUAUAAAAAGGUGCAAAUAUAAAUAAUCUUUUCAGUUUAAAUUACUUUGGUGUGGUGUUUGUAGGUGUAUGUGUUUUAAGUUUAAACAAUUAUUUUAAAAUGUGUGGAAUAUUUGCAUACCUGAACUUCUUAACCCCGAAGAAGAGGUCAGAAAUAUUGGAACUUUUAGUCACUGGACUCAAACGGCUGGAAUAUCGUGGCUACGAUUCUGCAGGUGUUGCAAUCGACGGAGCUAACGAUAAAGAAAUCGCACUUAUCAAGAAAACUGGUAAAGUCGCCCUUCUAGAAGAAGCUAUUAAAGAGAUUAGCGAAGCACUAUAUUUAAAUGAACUUACUGAGACGCAUUGUGGUAUUGCCCAUACACGUUGGGCUACUCACGGUAUUCCUAGUGAAGUUAACUCACAUCCUCACAGGUCUGAUGAUCACAACAGUUUUGUAGUGGUGCACAAUGGUAUUCUGACGAACUACAAAGAAGUCAAAGUUUUCCUUGAACAUAAGGGAUAUAAAUUUGAAAGUGAAACCGACACGGAGAUUAUCGCAAAACUAAUUUAUCAUUUUUACAAACAGCAUCCUAACUUUUCGUUCAGAGAAUUGGUCGAAAAUGUUGUUCAACAGUUGGAAGGUGCAUUUGCUCUCUGCUUUAAAUCCAAAUUCUUCCCUGGCGAAUGUGUUGGCACCAGACGUGGUUCGCCUCUUUUGGUUGGUAUUAAAACCAAAACUAGAUUGGCUACCGAUCACAUUCCAAUUUUAUACGGAAAAGAUGAAUCUCCACUAGCACACAAAGACGCGGAGAAAGAUCCAGAUCACAGACCUCAUGGCAGAGUAGAAAUUCCAAGUAUUCCCAGAUCUGGUUCAACUGAAUUUGAACCGCUAGAAGACAAGCAAGUGGAAUACUUCUUUGCAUCUGAUGCUUCUGCUAUUAUAGAGCAUACAAACCGUGUUAUUUAUUUUGAGGAUGACGAUAUUGCGGCUGUAAGAAAUGGAAUACUGAGCAUUCACAGAGUGAGAAGGGGAAUGGAUGAUCCCAACCAUCGUGAAAUUACCACUUUAAAAAUGGAAUUGCAACAAAUAAUGAAAGGAAACUAUGACUACUACAUGCAGAAAGAAAUCUUUGAACAGCCUGAAUCUGUAGUUAAUACUAUGAGGGGACGCGUUAAUUUUGAAACUAAGACGGUUGUCUUAGGAGGUAUCAAGGAACACAUUCCAGAAAUCAAACGGUGCCGAAGACUUAUGCUUAUCGGAUGCGGCACUUCGUAUCACAGUGCUAUAGCCACACGUCAGCUUCUUGAAGAAUUGACUGAACUUCCAGUAAUGGUGGAAUUGGCUAGUGACUUCUUAGACAGGACAACGCCUGUAUUUAGGGACGACGUAUGCUUCUUUAUUUCUCAAUCAGGUGAAACUGCUGACACAUUAAUGGCGUUGCGCUAUUGCAAACAAAGAGGUGCCCUCAUCGUGGGUAUUACCAAUACCGUCGGCAGUUCAAUCUGCAGAGAAUCACAUUGCGGUGUACAUAUUAAUGCUGGUCCUGAAAUCGGUGUAGCUUCUACUAAAGCUUACACUAGUCAGUUUAUUUCGUUGGUUAUGUUUGCCUUGGUAAUGAGCGAGGAUAGAUUGUCACUGCGUAAAAGGAGAGAAGAAAUCAUCGAUGGACUAAAGAAUCUUCAAGAGCAAAUUCGUAAAGUUCUGUCGUUAGAUGGAAAAGUGAAGAGUUUAGCUGAAAACUUAUUUAACAAAAAAUCGUUACUUAUUAUGGGUAGAGGAUUUAAUUACGCAACAUGUUUAGAAGGCGCAUUGAAAGUUAAAGAAUUAACUUACAUGCAUAGUGAAGGAAUUAUGGCAGGUGAACUAAAACACGGACCAUUGGCUCUCAUUGACAAUAAUAUGCCCGUUAUCAUGAUUAUUACAAGAGACCCAGUAUAUGUAAAAUGCAUCAAUGCUUUGCAGCAGGUAAAGUCACGUGAGGGAGAUCCGAUUUUAAUUUGUGAAGAAGGAGAUUCUGAGACGAUCGCCUUUGCGAGCCAAUAUUUAGAGGUACCGAGAACAGUCGAUUGCUUACAAGGAAUCUUAACUGUCAUUCCUAUGCAACUCUUAUCUUUCCACAUUGCUGUAAGACGAGGCUGUAAUGUUGAUUGUCCCCGUAACUUAGCUAAGAGCGUUACCGUAGAAUAAUAUUAAAUAAAACAACAUCCAGGGUCCAUCAUAACACUUCAACAUGUCAAUAUCAAAUGUGCUUUUACUAUAAUGGUAUUAUCAAUUUAUAAAAAUUGAACCUUAAUUAUGUGAAAUUAUGUACAUUAUCUGGAAAAUAAGACUAUAAAAUUACGUUUUAUCUCUUCAAAGUAUUAAACCUUAGAUCUCAAUAAGAGAGAACAUAUAUUCAAUAUAGAAUAAGUAUUAUUUGAGAUUAUAAACUGUUAAUACACGAUACUGUUUUAAAUUCCAAAUUAUGCGUUUAUUUUUAUAUCAACUUAUGUUUAUAAAACUUAGAAAUAAAUCCAAUUAUUUACUGCAAUAUUGUUGAGUCAAAAUUGUUAUAAAUGUUAAGUUUAUAUUUUUUAUAUUUUAUUCUAUAUCCUAAUUAUUAUAUAUGUGUAUAGAUAUAAGAAAUAAACUGUAUAAUUGAA